AUGAACAAAGUUUUGAAAUCUCAUAAACACAAUAUCUCCGAUAUAAAUGAACUUCAAGCUACAUUAAAUAGUAAAGCGGACAAGAACCAUGUUCAUUAUAUAAGUUCAGAUGAACAGAUUAUAACGGACUAUCAUGGAUAUUUAACACGAAGUGAUGAAGCGAAGACAAAAAAUGUUAAUGAAAGAAGAUAUAAAUACAUUCGUGCUAAAGGUUAUGACAUAAGCUGUACUGUACAGUAUGAUGUAGCUAAAGCACCAGAAGCAUUUGGUUAUACCGGUGAAAUUUAUGCCUCUACUUUCAAUGUUAACGGUGUACUAGUUGAACCAAGAUUUACUUUGAGAGUUAAGUCAAAAAUAACGUUUGAAGAUGCUAUUAAAAGUAAAGCUGACAAAGUUGAACUUGAAGCAAUGAACAAAGUUUUGAAAUCUCAUAAACACAAUAUCUCCGAUAUAAAUGAACUUCAAGCUACAUUAAAUAGUAAAGCCGACAAAAAUCAUACACAUAAAUCCUUCACUACUGUUAGAGCAGACGACAUAAUAUUGAACUUUGACCUUGGUUCAAGUGCACCUUUAGAGAAUCCAAGUACAAGCGUAAAAGAUACACUAAACAAUUUAGAUAAGAGUUGCAGGAAUAUUGAAAGUCAUGCCAGAAACUUUGAAGCACAUGAACUACCCGCAAUGUUAGAUAAAAAGGCUGACAAGAACCAUACACAUAAAUCCUUCACUACUGUUAGAGCAGACGACAUAAUACUGAACUUUGACCUUGGUUCAAGUGCACCUUUAGAGAAUCCGAGUACAAGCGUAAAAGAUACUCUUAACAAUUUAGAUAAGAGUUGCAGGAAUAUCGAAGAUCAUGCCAGAAACUUUGAAGCAUAUGAACUACCCGCAAUGUUAGACAAGAAAGCAGACAAAACAGAGCUUCAAACAUUAAAGACUCAGAUUCUUGAAACAUUAUAUCCUAUAGGCUCUAUUUAUACGUCAAUGAACUCAACAAAUCCAGCAACAGUUUUAGGUUUUGGUAAGUGGGAACAGAUUGUAGACAAAUUCUUAUAUUGUACUAAAAGUUCAAAACAAGCCGGAGGUUCAAAGAAAAUUACAGAAGCAAACCUUCCACCGCACACUCAUACAGGAACUACAAACUUUUCUGGCGACCAUAGCCACUCAUUAAGAGACCACCCAUUAUACAACUCAGAGUAUGAAGCUGGCAAUGAUGUUUUAUCUCCAUCUUAUAACAAUGCAGCAAAAAAGACUUUUCGACAAACUGAACCAGGAGGAAAUCAUGUCCAUACUUUCACAACAAAUCCAACAGGCUCGGGUGCAGAUUAUAUGCCACCAUUUAUGAC